CUCGCUUUCUCUCUCCGCUCUCUGGUUCUUCUUGACCUCACUUUGAUCGCGCAUGGCCAUGGAUACUCUCUACGACUACCAUGUCUGGCAACCUCACGAAGACGAAGAACACGAUAAUGUUACCAUUUCCAAUUCUCACUUGCUUCCUUGCGACUGUUUCCUUCUCCAUCUUCACUUUCGCCAUGUUCUUCACUCAAAUUCCCCUCAAGAAUCAUCGCACACACUCCUAAAUUCGUCUCUAUCCUCCUUCUUGAUUCCUUGCGACGCCUUCUUUGCCCGCGCCUCCACUAUUCUGAUCGCCGUCUUCUCCGGCACCGGCGUCGCCCAAGACUUCUUGGACGCGGCGAUUCCUGACGUCUUGUCGGUCGCGGCCGAUAUAGCAUGCAAUCCUCUUAAUGCUGGCCGUCGGAUGCUUCCGCUGGCGGUGUCCGUUUUGGUCGUCUCGCCGCACGAUGAACGCGAGGAAAUUGGGCGGAUUUCGCGGGAAUCGGCUCAGGCGUUUAAGACGUGUCCGGCGAGUGAGUCGUCGAUCGAAGCCUUGAAGACGGUGAAGAUUGAUGCCGGCCGGGAGUUGUUGAUCGGAGAAUGCAGGAUAUGCUUGGAUGAACUGAUGAGCGGAAUGGAAGUUACGCGAUUGCCGUGCUCUCAUGUUUACCACAGAGACUGUAUCGUCAAAUGGCUGGAGACGAGUCAUUUGUGCCCGUUGUGUCGCUACGCACUGCCACUGAGCUGAUCGGGUAGAUUUUUCAGAGGAAGCUAACUCAGGCAGUGUAUAGUUAUAUAGCUUGUUGAGUAUUAGGAAGCCAUACAAUGACUGAAGAUGAGGAAUUAAGCCAGCUUUUGUCAGUUUUUAACAUAGCUGAUACAGAGGAGCAGGAAAAUAAGAUGGACUGGUUCUUGAAACUCCAUUGACAUUGAGACAUUGAGAAUCUAACAGAUAGUGAGGAUGGGACAGAAGUUUAACAAUGAUCUAAGUAUUGCUGAAACCUUAGUGUUUGUCGCUACUUCAACAAUUACACGACCAGAGAAGAUUUUGAUGAGAAAGCAACCAGCCAAGAGUUUCAACAAUCUUUGGCAAAAACGAAAAGGGGUUGUUAAUGUCUUCUUGUGAACAAGCUUGGGCCUAGGGAAAUUUGCAGAUAUUCAGACAGCAAAAUGGAGAUGACUGGACGAGAUACAGAGAGAGCAGGAAGCUAAGUCUAUGCCAACACAUAGCGAGGUGAGUUCAUAUCAUAACAUUUCUAUCUUGAAGAGGCAAAUAUUAACUAGGCUUGGUAGAAUGAGGCUGUAUUUCCUUUACUUAGAUAUAUAGCCAAGGUAGUAGUUUGAUCAAAAUUUUGAAAUGGGUUUUGGAAUUCUUGUACAGAGAACAAAAUUUAGUUACUUAAAUGAGGGGAAAAUUACAACCAUAUACUGCUGAAAUGAAAUAGGUGUCAUUUCUUCUUGGAGCUACAAAAAAUAGCAAGAAUACAAAUACAAACUGACAGGAUACAAACAUGAGAGAAAAGCUAAUUGGUAUGAGUAGAACUUUCAGUUAGUCCCAUUUAGACAUGUUACAAAAUUAGGAAAACCAAAAA